AUGGGCAACCGACGACGCCGCCAGUCGGCCUUAAUACGUUCGAUCCAAGCGGGGCUGUUGCGCGAUCCCGAUCGGUUUAAGAAAUCUGCAUGGGGGCACUUUGUCGCAUUCUUUACUUUCCAACGAAUCAAACUGGUUCGUUUUGAGAGCCAGCUCUUUGCAAAGCUGCGACAAGAUGUCUGGAACUUCGAUGAAAAUGAAUACCAAGCAAGCUUCCACACAACGCGAGGCCAGCUGCCCUUGAGCGCUAUGGGCGACCUUGGAUACUCAGGCUCGACAUUCUUUACUACCUUUGAUGGACAUCUCGUCGUCAAAAGUCUCCCACGUCGAUUUGAGCACACAUUUUUCCAAUCCGAUUUACUCGAACCUUAUUGUGACUAUAUGCGGGAACACCCAGACUCGAUGCUCGUUUGGAUCACCGAUUAUAUCGUCUCACCCUACGUCACUCUGGGCACGAUCUUUGGAUGCACGCCUGCUCAUCAUAUUAUCAUGGAAAACAUUCUCUGCGGCAAAACUGAAGAUCCCAACGGUGACAAUUGGGAGACCUACGAUCUCAAGCCAAUCGACUACUUCUAUCCAGAGCGUGAUCUCAUCCCAGCACCUCUUAUCAGCGAAGCUACCUUAAGUAGACUAGCAGACACCUUCAAUGAUAAGCUUCAUCUCUGGCGAGCUGACUAUGAGAGCCUUUGGGAGGCUAUUGAGGCGGACACGAAGUUUCUGCAGGACGCCAAUGCCGUUGAUUACUCUAUUUUCCUGGUCCGAGUUCCUGCUACUUCUAACCCCACAGUGCUGGGAAGAAAAAGCCCGUGGCGAGUGGGGAUUCCCUCUGCAGAUGGUCAAUGGAAGUAUCGGGCGGUAGUCCUGGACUUUUUCUGGGCUAAGCACAAGCUUCAUGCACAGGCCUUGUCUGGGGUCGUUCAAACCUUCAAUGUUGUGGGUCGGAAGGGUCCCAUGUCGAUCACGACGACUGCGACAGAAUAUCGCCAGAAAUUCCUUACAAUGAUCUCUGAAAUGAUUGAAGUGCAUGAUAAGCAUCAAUCAGAUUGA